GAUUUCACGCUCUGACAAUUUGAAAAUCGGUUGUUUCGCGUUCAGAGAGAAAGACGCAGCUGCACGGAGAAAGGAAGAAAGAAGAGGAUUAGGACACAGUUUAUUUAAAAAACAAAGAGAGUUGCUGUAAUGUUUGCAGGGGAGGACGGUGCCCAGCUGCAGUGCUGUGUGACGGUGGAGCAGCUCAACACCUCCGGCCAAGCCACCCGGAGGCAGGUCAUCCGGAAAGCCUCUGUUAUCCUGGGCCGGAAUGAAUUCCAGGAGAUUAUCCUCCGGGUCCACGACGGAAAAGUCCCGCAAAGUUAUCUCCUGAAAGAGUUCAAACUUUUCACCAAGUUCGCCAGAGAUGGUAAGUGUACCGUCAAACUGCUCCCCGAGAACAUCCAGGUGCUCAUCUCCAACUGCCCGCCAGACCAGCUGAGCCUCUUCCUCAAAACCCUGAGCAUCAAACACCAGGCCUGGCAGAGCAGCAAGCCCCUGAGUGACAGAGAGAAGCUCAAAGCCGGUCUGCCCCGCAGCUUUGAGGCCAUCAGCCCCCUGCAGCAAAAGGACAUCCAGAAGGUCAAUGAGCUGAGAAGCAAAGCGGCUCCCAAAGGGCUGGCAGACCGCACCAAUAACAUGACUGCUGCAAGACCAGGACAGCAGGUCAAGAGGUCGAGGAGUGACACUAACUUCAGCCCAGUGAAGACAAACCCGAGUAAGAAGCCCAUCCUGUCACUGCCCUCACGUAAACUGAAUAAAGAGCAGGCUGCUGUUCUCAGUGCAGUGCUGAGUGGCAAGAACGUCUUCUUCACUGGAAGUGCUGGAACAGGAAAGUCUUUCUUACUCAAGAGAAUCAUGGGAUCUCUUCCUCCAAAGAGCACCUUUGCCACAGCCAGUACAGGAGUGGCUGCAUGUCACAUUGGAGGGACAACACUACAUAACUUUGCAGGUAUUGGGUCUGGCUCUGCCCCGCUGGAGCAGUGUAUUGAGCUGGCUCAGAGGCCCGGGGUGCUGCAGCACUGGACUACUUGUCGACACCUCAUCAUUGACGAGAUCUCCAUGGUGGAGGCCCAGUUUUUUGACAAGCUUGAGUCGGUUGCCCGGUCAGUGAGGAGGUCUACUGAGCCGUUUGGAGGCAUCCAGCUGAUCGUAUGUGGCGAUUUCCUUCAGCUGCCUCCAGUUUCUAAAGGAAAGGAAAAGGCCAGCUUCUGCUUCCAGGCCAGGAGUUGGCGUAAGGUUAUCCAGGUCAACAUGGAGCUAAGAGAAGUGCGAAGGCAAACAGACCAGUCCUUCAUCUCCCUGCUGCAGGCAGUGAGGGUGGGCAGGGUAACAGAGGAGGUCACCGCUAGGCUGUUGAAAAGCGCCUACCAUCACAUUGAGAGGGAUGGUAUUCUGGCAACCAGGCUGUGUACGCACAAGGAUGACGUGGAGCUCACAAACGAGAACAAACUCCAGCAGCUGCCAGGUUCAGUGCGAGUGUUUGAGGCACUGGACAGUGACCCAGCCCUGGUGAAGACAAUAGACGCUCACAGCCCCGUCAACAGGGUGAUCCAACUCAAAGUGGGAGCUCAGGUCAUGCUGACAAAGAACCUGGAUGUUGCUCGAGGUCUGGUGAAUGGAGCGCGAGGGGUGGUCGUAGGGUUUGAGUCUGGAAAACAUGGACUCCCUCGUGUGCGUUUCCUGUGCGGCGUUACGGAGGUGAUGAAGCCAGAGCGCUGGGUGUUUAAGUCUGGUGGCGGGAUCCAUCUCAGUCGACAACAGCUGCCUCUUAAAUUGGCCUGGGCCAUCUCCAUCCACAAGAGCCAGGGAAUGACACUGGACUGUGUGGAAAUCUCUCUGGCACGUGUGUUUGAGAGUGGCCAGGCUUAUGUGGCCUUGUCUCGGGCUCGGAGCCUGGAGGGUCUCAGAGUCAUGGACUUUGAUCCCCGUGUGGUGCGGGCAGAUCCAGACGUUCUCCUCUUCUAUAGGAAACUGAGGAAGGAGAGGCUGCUCAUGCAGGCCUCCAUGGAUGAUUUUGUAGGACACAACAAAGAAAACUCUUGGUGAGCAGGAGAAUCCCUUUUUCAUCCUCUGUAAUGUUGUGCACUGUGUGCAUGAGUUUUCUGUUUUUAUUUUCUUGAAUGUUUUGCAGUCACAUACAUCCUCAUACACCAUCUACCUCACAGUCCCUGUUUUAACUGACAGUACUUGAAGUCACACUGCCACCAUGUGUUCAUUGCUGUUAACUUUUGUUUUUUAAGAGCUUAUUUUUUUUAUAAUUCCUUGAUUUUUAAUUUAUUAUUAUGACUGAUGACUUUUAUUCAAAUAAAGUUUAAGUCAACAUAACUUUUUAUGGAGUGUUACUCUAAGGUUUCAGUUCAUGGAAAAGUAAUAGAUGAAAAAACUGGUAUACCUGGUAUAAUUUUUAAAAAAAACCUACACCUGCUUUAAUGGUCUUUCAGCAGUGGGAGUGUCCAUUCAGUGUGUGUUAGUUCUUUCACUACUUUGUGGCUUUAAGACAUCUUUGAGUGAGUACAUGUCAACUAUAGGGCAUCUUUGGCUGGUUUGUCCCACUGCUAGGCAAAAUCCAAAUAUAGUUUUUCAUCUUUCCAUGUAUCAUAAUCAUUUCAAAGUAAAAUUCACAUUUAGAGAUACUAUAGUCACUAGUUUGUGUCCAAAUAAAUCUGACACUAAAAAUCAUGACAGGAUUAACUAGAGACAGAUCUGAAUGUUUCUGUUUAACAGGCGUGAUUAUUCCAUUAUAUAUUUUGUCUACAUCCCCUAACCAUAAACUUAGAUUUUCUCACACUGACACAGAGCAAAGGGUUGGUAAAGUAAAUAUACAGUCAGUCUUGUCUUUACCACAGUGGAGCAACUCAGACAAAGUGGAGACCAAAGAAAACCUUUAUUUUCCAGUCAGAACAAUGAAUCCAUGCCCAAACUUGAGGUAACCUCUCCACUACUGGAGCAGUAUACUUUCUUUUGCAUAUGAUGUGACCACAUUGAGGG